AUUGUGGAACCUUGAACUACAACAUUGCAGUGUGUCAAGAUCGCGGUGGGAGUUUAAACCGCGAAAUCGAAUCGCAGGAAGCACUAUUCCUUACGAAUUAUAAACAGGGCAAACUUCUCGUGUAGCUGUUCAGCAUACAUGUCUUUCUGUACUUUGAACGCCAGCGAGGAAUAGCGAUUUAAUCCACAUUCUAAUAUUUGCUGUGAUUUCGCAGCCACACUGCGAUAAACAUGUUAUAUAAGUUGUACGAUAGUUGCUACGCUUUUAACUUUAACGAAUAAGGGACGCUUAUUAAAAUUACGCGUACCACACUAGUACCAUUCUGAAAUGCUAUUGGUUUUGUCCAAUUCUCUGUUUGUCUCUUUUACUGGUUAGGCGAAAGUGUAAUAGGCAAUACUGUAUUCUUGUAAUGGGCGAUACUGUAUUCCAUUUACCUUAGUACAGAUUAACAUUCCAAUUGUCACUGUUUUCGUUUACUAUACGUUCGUGUAGCAAGCGAAACACAAUUUUCGCCCAAAUACAGCUCCACCUAUGAUACAAUUGGAAGAUUAAUUUCAGAUUUCCUACAACCAACAUUCUUAAUAUUUCAUUUGGUAGCAGUUGACACUGGGCACACUCUUACCAUCAACGUCAACAAAUAUGCCUCACUGCCAUGUUCAGACAUUAUUGGAUCAGCAUGUCAAUUCGCAUUGCAGAUUGUCAAAAAUAAUUCGUUUAUUAACUAAUUCUUCAGGUUUCUAUAAGGUGCAUAUUCUUGUAUCUUGUUCAUUCUGAACUGUACUGUUCAUUCUGGGAGAGAUCGUGAAAUCAAUUAAUACCGAUUCUGUUGAAGGAAGUGGCAUGUUAUUUGAACAGCUUCUCCCCCCUUCGUCUCCACACCGAUAUAAAUUGCAAAAUACUCUCGUACAUUUGUACCAGCGAAUAUUGCUUUUGAGGUGUGGCAUUACCGCUAGACAAAGAUAAAACAGCGACUGCACUCAGUGGCCGACUACCGAGGGAGAAGUGUGUUGGUGAUGGCAGGGAUGUUAUUUUUCACAUCGCGGAAUUUACCGCGAAGCGUUAGCAGAUUGACACAAAAAGUUUUGGAGAAUGAAUGGUCUCAGGUGACAUUCAAAACAAGAUCAUAUCACGGAUGCAUAUCAUGCUCAAGCCACACCUUAGUAAGACGACUUACAUCUGCACAAGCAGUAAAAUGGUUUAUGAAGAUGGAGAACUUACGUUCGUGCAACGUGUUUGUGAGAGACUUUAAAUCGUCUUCAUUUCUGUGUGAGGAAGUGAAGAUCGUCACUGUACCACCAUUUGCAGAAUCUGUUUCGGAAGGAGAUGUGAGGUGGGAGAAAGCUGUUGGAGAUGCUGUUUCAGAAGAUGAAGUAGUUUUGGAAAUAGAAACUGAUAAGACAUCAGUGCCUGUUCCUUCACCAGCGGCCGGUGUGAUAGAAGAGCGGUUUGUGGAAGAUGGAGCAACAGUUAAAGCAGGACAGAAGUUGUUUAAACUCAAAGUAACUGGUGCUGCUCCUGCAAAGCCGAAGGCAGAGGCGGCAGCCAAGGCUCCAUCAGCAGCUCCACAGCCAGCUGCAGCUGCUGCGGCUCCUCCUCCCCCACCACCGCCACCACCGCCUCCCUCCGCUGCUCCCAGUGCUCCAGCACCUAGUGCUCCUCCCACACCUCCACCACCAAAACCACAGGCACCAAUGAGUUCCAUUCCUGUGGCAGCCAUCAGACAUGCACAGGCCAUUGAGGCAGCCACUGUCAAAGUUCCUCCUUCUGAUCCUACGUCAGAGAUAUCGGGAACACGAACAGAACAAAGAGUCAAGAUGAACAGAAUGCGGCAACGCAUAGCACAACGUCUGAAGGAAGCACAGAAUGUUAAUGCUAUGCUAACAACAUUUAAUGAAAUUGAUAUGGGAAAUAUAAUGGAGUUCCGGAAACAACAUAUGGAGACUUUCCAGAAGAAGUAUGGCAUUAAGUUUGGUUUCAUGUCUGCUUUUGUAAAAGCGUCGGCAUAUGCUUUGCAAGAUCAGCCAGUGGUAAAUGCUGUGAUUGAUGGCAAUGAGAUUGUGUAUAGAGAUUAUGUUGACAUCUCUGUUGCUGUUGCUACACCAAAAGGGCUGGUAGUACCAGUUCUGCGAAAUGUUGAAUCAAUGAGCUAUGCUGACAUUGAGCUGGGGAUAGCUGCACUUGGUGAGAAAGCUCGAAAAGGAGCGCUUGCAGUGGAGGAUAUGGAUGGGGGGACCUUCACUAUUAGUAAUGGAGGUAUCUUCGGUUCUCUGCUGGGUACACCUAUUAUAAAUCCACCCCAGUCUGCUAUUUUGGGUAUGCAUGCUAUUGUGGAACGACCUGUUGCCAUCAAAGGACAGGUUGUUAUUCGACCCAUGAUGUAUGUUGCUUUGACAUAUGACCAUCGUCUCAUAGAUGGUCGUGAAGCUGUUUUGUUUCUACGGAAGAUAAAGGCAGCUGUGGAAGAUCCAAGAAUUAUGUUACUUAAUGUGUAAAUUAGUGGCACUUUCUGUUUUGUCCAUAAAUAUUUGAACAAAAAGUAAUAGGCAGCUAAGCCUAGCGUGACUCUUUGUCUGCUCAGCUACCAGUACCCUCACAACUAGUGUUUUAGAAUGGUGUAGCAGACUUUUCACAUUUGUUAGCAAAACUUAUAUCUGAAUUUGUUUUGCUAACAUACAAUUCCUGUGUCCAUAUUUUAUUAUUUAUAUAAUUGUUGUGCUGAUGUGGUGCUGAAUUAUUCAACUCUGCAACACUCAAGCAAAAGUGAAGAUGAAGCAUUGUAUUUAUUACCUUGUAUUACUGCACUUUAUUUUCAAAUGCCAAUCACGCUUUUGUAAUAAUGAAUCUGUAUUUAUUGUACAUUAAAGCAAGUGUGUGUGUGUGUGUGUGUGUGUGUGUGUGUGUGUGUUUUGGUUGAGAGAUGUUGGGAGAGCAAUUAGAGCAGACAAACAUGUAUAAAAGAAGUCAACAAAAUUAAAAUCUACUUACAAAUUUUUUGACAUUUUUUUUGUUUCAUCACAUGUAUCUGAGGAAGAUAAAUAAUUUUUUAACUCUCAACAUGCACUUUUCUACCCAUGUCACAUGUUCAGACUAUAUAGCACACAGUAAACAAAAGAUGAAAGAUAUGCUGUUCUUGUAAUACUUUUCUUUUAUGAGUUGAUAUACUAUGAUUGGCAUUAAUGAAGGAAUGUAACACACAAGUGCAAAUUUUCUGGAAGCAACCUGUUACAAACAUCAGGUUGUGCUCUAUUUGUAUAUAAAAAUUUAAUUAAAAUUGGUUUUGAGAAA